AUAAACUUCUCCCAACAUGGCUAAUCUGCAUAGGCUCAUGGGAUUCAAAAGCUUGAGCUUCUGGGUCAUGAUCGUUUUGAUCUUCUUCCCGUGGCAAUCACUGUCAUCAUCAGCCUUGCCCGGUCUCGAAAUCAAGGCCGACAACAGGCUGAAUUUUCGGAGGGUCCGGUGCCGCCUGCCUUUUUUCGGGAGGUGUUUCUUGAUGUGGUUUACUUGCCCCUUGGCCUGCCCGACUAGUUGUUUCGUGGAUUGCAACCUAUGCAGACCCGUCUGCAGUUGCAAUUAUCCCGGUGCUGUAUGUCAAGACCCGCGGUUCGUAGGUGGAGAUGGCAACACAUUCUUCUUCCAUGGCCAGAAAGAUAGGAACUUCUGCUUGGUCUCGGACCCCAACUUCCAUAUCAACGCCCACUUCAUCGGCAAACGAAACCCUAGCCUCAAGAGGGACUUCACUUGGGUCCAAUCUAUCGGCAUCGUCUUCGGCUCACACAAUCUCCUCGUCGGCGCGAAGAGGGCCUCGACAUGGGACGACAGGGUCGACCACCUCAACGUAAUCCUUGACGGCGCGCCUGUCUCGCUCCCACCCAAGGAAGGCUAUACGUGGCGGUCCCUGGCGGCGGCGUCCUCGCCGGCCUUGUCCAUCUCCCGCUCUGGCGAGACCAACGGCCUCACGGUCGAGGUGGAAAACAACUUCAGGAUCACAAUGACGGUUGUCCCGAUAACGGCGGAGGAAUCGAGGGUCCACGGGUAUAACAUCACGGACGACGACUGCUUCGCCCACCUAGAGCUAGGGUUCAAGUUCUACAACCUCACCGACUUCGUGGACGGGGUGCUUGGCCAGACUUACAGGAAGAACUACGUGAGCAAGGCCAGGGCUGACGCAGUGAUGCCGGUGAUGGGCGGCGCGAACAAGUACGCGACCUCGAGCAUAUUUGCGACCGACUGCCUGGUGUCGCGGUUCGGGCAACCUCUUCCGGCUACCAGCAACGGCCACGGACUCGAAAGCUUGCUUUGCAAGAGCGGGAUCGAGGGGUCGGGGAUGGUUUGUAGGAAGUGAAAAGUGAAAUGAUCAUCGGAGAUGUCGAAAUGACUAUGAAUCUCCUAUGAAUAAUACAAUUACAAAAUAAAGUUGCAACUUAUG